AUGUCUGGAAGCCUCAAUGACUGUCUGGAACAGCUCAAAGUAUCUAGUAAUUCGAUUCAAACAUUGUAUUUUAAACCUCCGGGCAUUUUCCACAAUGCUAUCGUCCCAGACCCAUCUGUUUCUUACGCAGACAUAAUCACCAAUAUAAUACGCGAUGGGGACGCUCAGGAAGAAGCUCCUUUGUACAAGAUCGAUCAGAACAAGCUUCCAAGACGCAAGGACGACAAAGUUGGAGUGUUUGACUUUUUGACGGAACACGAAGCGAAUUUGAAGCGAAAUCGCCGUUUGGGAGGUGCCGAUGAACCACCCAUCAUUCACGUACCCAAGAGUUUUUACCUGAAACAGCACGAACAGGACGCUGCCCGUAGUGAACAACAACGUGGAUUUCUGCUAGAGGAACUUAAGACUGAAGGUAUUUUUAAAGCGCUGCUCAAAAAAUUCGAGGGCGAUGAGCAGGUUCGAAACUUGCUCCACGCAUUGCAAAACGGGACCGUGAUCACGGAAGAUAGCGACUCUGGAAUCAGCGGUCGCAGAAAGACCCUUUUUGUGGAGGACUUCCCGGUAGAAUUGAUCUUCAAAGUGCACAGCGAGAUCGUGACGAACUGGCCGAUAUCUGAAUAUCAGAAAAAGUAUUCUCAUCUGUUGCAGCGGUAUAAGGAGAUCGAUGCCGAAAUUCGUCAGCUUCGCAGCGAAAUCUCUCAGCAGGAAGAACAAUUGCAAGCUAAGGCAAUGAGUUCUGGAAUUACGAAAUUGAUCAGGAAAGAGCAAGAGGAAAUUUCAGAGCUACGAAACCGGCUAGAGGCAUUACAGAGACCAUGA